CCAUCACCACCAACGCUAGUCGCCAUCAUCAUUUUUGCUCCUUAAACAUCCACAUAAAUAUCUUAAACCCAUACAAGAAAAAUACUAUUUACACUCGUCUCUUUCUCUACAAAAAUGUCCGCUUCGAUCGGGGGUUCAUCUUCUUCCCUCAAAUCGAAAUCGGGGAGCGAUUUGAAUGGCGGCAGCGGAAGCGGUGCAAGUGGUACAAAAACAGAAUGGCCACAAUCAUUGAAAAAUUUUGCCAAUAAAUGCUUUAAAGCAUCGAAUGAUGUGAACAGAACAGCAGUACAGGAAGAAUUGCGUGCUUUGAUUUACAAAUGUUAUACGGAAGGUACGAUAAAUACGAUCGAUUGGGAUCAUAUGCAGUUAAAAAGUUUGGGUAAUGCCAAUCUUACAGGAACAGCAAAGGGUGGCGUUUUAGGAAAACAGAAAAAGAGACCUGCAUUAUCAGGUAGUGCAGAUAUUUUGGCAGAACGGGAAAAGAAGGAAAAACGUGCACGUCGGUUUGAUCGUGAACGUGAAGAAUUUGAUCGAGCAGAGCAGGAAGGUUUGUAUGCUAUCACACCUGCUUCAAAUGGAAGUUUAGCAGAUCGUUUGAGCGGAGCAUUUGGAAGCGUCAAUAAUAGUGGGCCAGUUGCGGUAAAACCGUUGAUACAUGUUAAUCGUCAGCAGAAUCCAUCCGCAUCUGCACCCGUCAUGCCGUACGGAGUUUCUCCCUCGACAGGUGUCUCAAAUUAUGAUUAUUCGGGAUCAUGGCAGAAUCAGUCAGGUCAACAUUCGGGCGGAAUAAGCGCAGCCCUCUUUGUUGGGUCAGACGCCGCCGAUCCGAACGUGAUUGAUUGGGAUCAGGACACUGUGGUGGGACUUUCUACAAAGCUGGAAAAGCCAUACUUACGUCUGACAUCAGCUCCUGAUCCUCGCAAUGUGAGAACACUUGCCACCCUAAUGCAAACUUUGGAAUUGCUGAAGAAAAAGUGGCGAACAGAAGGAAAUUAUAACUACAUCUGUGAUCAAUUCAAGAGCAUGAGACAAGACCUUACUGUGCAACGGAUAAAAAACGAAUUUACAGUAAAAGUGUAUGAGAUUCAUGCAAGAAUUGCACUCGAAAAAGGCGAUUUAGGCGAGUAUAACCAAUGCCAAUCGCAGCUUCGCGGUUUAUAUGCAUUGGGUAUCAAAGGAUCAGUGAUGGAAUUUUUGGCUUAUCGGAUCUUGUACCUUUUGCAUACCCGCAAUCGAAGGGAUGUGAAUACUUUGAUGGCCGAAUUGACACCCAAAGAUAAAGCAGAGAAAGCUGUAAAGCAUGCUCUCUCGAUUCGAUCUGCUCUUGCUACGGGUAAUUACCAUGCCUUCUUUCGACUUUACAACGAUUCUCCCAAUAUGAAUGCCUACAUUCUUGAUCAUUUAAUCGAUCGUGAACGGAUCAAUGCCCUUCUUAUUUUGGCCAGAUGUUUUCGACCAAACCUUUCUCUCUCCUUUCUUACUUCUGAACUUGCCUUUACAGAUUUACAUGAAGCGGACGUAUUCUUGGAAAAGCACGAAGUGGCCUUGUACGUUUUACCUGCCAGCGCAACGACGAACGAAUCGGGAAAGGGAUCAAAUAAAAAGGGGGCCAAACGCAAUCCGCCCAAACCGACAUUACCCCCUCUUGAACAGCGCCAUUGGGAUGCCAAAGCUGCUCAAUCGAUUUUAGACCAAGCUCGUCACAAAUUUAGAACGGUGGAUAUAAAAGGACAAUUGUCGUAAUAAAACCUCCCUCCCUUUGGGCCAGUCUACCUGUAUUUUAAUCCUCGAUACAUCAUUCGUACUGUACAACAUCACUACCAUACCAGAUUAAUGCAAAAUGUGUACUGCACAGAUGAAUUGAUCUAUUCCAGAG